CGAGCGACUACUCUCGAAGAUAUAGAUUGACAUCGGGGCUAUCCGCUUUUCAUCUGAAGGAGAAACCGAGGCUAAAGACCUAACUUCGCCGAGAUUCAAGCCUUUCUUUCCCAAGCACACCUCCCGUCGUGGGAAAAGCUUCGGUUAAUGAGUAUCUCUUUGACCAUUCUAAGCAAGCCACGGCUCAUAAUGUGGUGUGGAUGGAUCUGAGAGCGAGAUACCAAUCUAGGUUCACUUAUAUAAUGAAGCAUCUCAUCGCUAUCUUGUCUAUAUUUUUAUGCUCACACUUAAACGAAGCGAAAAUUCUGCUGCUUGUUUAAAGUAAUAUCUCCAUAUCGCUUUCCCAAAUUAAUACCACAAUGGAGAAGGGAGAGCUUGAUACUGCAAGCCAGAUCGUAACUGAAAGUAAGGGCGAGUUUGAAGAUUCGACUUUGAUCACUGCAGCCGAAGAAAAGGCUUUGGUUCGAAAGAUUGACAGAAACCUCAUGCCAUUGCUUCUCAUCUCCUACAUGCUUCAAUUUUUCGACAAGACGACAUUGGGAUAUACCGCAAUUCUGGGAAUCCAAGCAGAUACUCAUUUAAAAGGAACAGACUACUCGUGGGUCUCUUCGAUAUUCUACUUCGGCUACUUGAUUGCCUCCUACCCUGCCUCUCUUGCCUUCGUAAAAUUCCCUCUUGGAAAGUUCCUCGCCGUCUGCGUUCUGUUAUGGGCAGUCAUCCUCAUCUGCCACGGCGCUGCUAUGAACUUCGGCGGCCUCAUGGCUUUACGCUUCCUUCUCGGCGUUUUUGAAUCCACCAUCUCGCCUGGAUUCUCUUUGAUAACAGGCCUCUGGUAUAAACCCUCCGAGCACGCAUCCCGUCACGGCUUAUGGUUCGCUGGAAAUACCACUGCCUCUAUCUUCGGCGGACUGAUAGCAUAUGGUAUCAGCCACAUAAACUCUUCGAUUUCAGCGUGGCGCUGGCUGUUCAUCAUCUUUGGCCUUAUUACCUUCGUCUGGGGCAUCGUACUCUUCAUCUUCCUUCCAGACUCUCCACUCAACGCCCGCUUCCUCACACCAGACCAACGCACCUACGCUCACCGCCGUCCACAGCAAGAGGCACACAGCUUCAAGACCACCGAGUGGAAGAAAGACCAAUUCCUCGAAGCCCUCCGCGAUCCCAAGACCUGGCUUCUCUUCUUCUACACUAUUUGCUCAAACAUUCCUAACGGUGGCUUCACCAGCUUUAGCGGCAUCAUCGUAAAAGGUUUCGGCUUUGACACUUUCACCACACUCCUCCUUGGGAUGCCUGGCUCUGCAUUUGGCCUUUUCUACGUCCUGUCGUCCACGUACCUCGCUCAUCGCUUCAAGUACUCGCGCUGCAUACUCAUUGCCGUGCUGCAGCUCAUUGCCCUAGCUGGCUGCGCGAUGGUGUUCGCACUGCCCACGCCAAACAAAUGGGCACGUCUGGGAGGAAUAUGGCUGUUCCCUGCCUAUGCCGGUGGUAUGCCUCUGAGUUUUUCCAUUAUAGCCUCUGAUGUCGCCGGCUAUACAAAGAAGACGACGGUGUUAGCUAUUAUGUUUAUUGGAUACUGCGUAGGGAAUAUUGUCGGACCGCAGUUAUUUUUUGCCCACGAGGCGCCGCGGUAUGGAAGUGCGUUUGAGGGGAUCCUAGUGUGCUUAGCGCUCUCUGCGGCAUUCAUCUUGGCUUUGAGGCAGUACAUGGAUUGGGACAAUAAGCGCAGGGAUAGAGAGCAAGGGGUGCAUAUCGACCCAGAAGUGAAAGGGUCAGAGAGAAGCACCGAGGAACAUUUGGUCGAGACGGGUUUGGAUGAGACGGACUGGAUGAACAGAAAAUUUAGGUAUCAUCUGUAGUCGAUAGGGAUCUCGUAACAAAAUCAAUGGCUGGGAUAAAAUCAAAGAUGAGACGACAAAAUAAUAC